CUCAGAGCAUGGUGGAUUUGAUUGAUCUGUAGCAAAGGGGGAGAGGGACCUGACAUUUCUCAGUGAUGUGUAAAAACAUAUUGUGUUUGCUAAAAAAAAGAGAGAUAGAUGAGUACACAACCCCUCACCCCGCUGCCAUACACACGCACACAUGCAUGCAAUGCACGCGUGCACACACACACAUGUGCAUGCACAGGAAAUUAUCACAAAUUUGUGUGACUUUCAGCUCUUUCAACCAGUUCGUUCUCCGUGUUUACUCAGGUAAUCCGCUGCUUGGUGCAAAAAGCCACAUCUAGCCACCUGUCACUUUUGUUUACUGCUACUGGGAAUAAUCAGUGUUUCAUUUUGACUGGAUUUAGUGUCUUAGACUGGGAUGCAGCAGGACCAGUGUGAGUAAAGCUCAAAACUGGGCCUCUUCCAGUAUCUCCAUGUCUUCAGUCCUAAAUCAACAAAGUGAUUUGUCCAUCUGACUGGAAUUAGUCCCAAAAAGGAGAAAAAUACUCUUCCCCAUCAUCUCCCUGUAGCAGACAAACACGCUGAAGCAUCUUAGCUAAUAUGAACGUUUCUUACACCACCUCGGCUAUUAGAUUCUAAACGAUCGUGUCAGAUUCAGCGCCGUACGCGGCGGCGUGCAGCUCAGACACGCGCUCCUAUUUGGGCGUCAGAACAGGAAAAGUGUGGAGAUGACACAUGCGCGGCCUCUUGGGAGAGACUCACUACUUUUCCCACCAACUGUAAAAGAUCCCCCUCCCCUCUCUGAAUAAGAAGUGGGGUCACAGUGUUGCAUCAGACAAGUUGUCAGCUUUUUGUUUAUUCAAUGAAUCCCCAAUCCCCAAUGUGCCACAAAUGUUCUCACACAAACACAUCUCUUAUGACAAGCUCCUCGUACAGAACUCUGCUACAACAAGAUGAGGUUGGGCGGAUGAAAGCAUGACCAAGCUUUAGCUUCAGUAGAGCAGCUCGUGAAUAUCCAGCGCCGGAGCAAAGAUGGACCUGGGUAAUAGUUUGCCUUUAUGAGAAAGAGAGAUGCACUCGGAGGCUGUCAGAUGGUGUUAAGCCAUCAUGAUCUGCUUCCAGCUGCUCAGAGAAGAAGCUCCAUCUUGAAGCCAUGAGUUAUUUCAGAAUCAUAAAAGUGUGAGAAAAUUAGAAAGCUAAAUAGAAGUUUAGCAAUCGAUUUCUUUUUACUUCACAAAUGAGUUUUAAACCAAGUUUGCAUAAUUACAUUAUAUAGAGAUUUAUUCUGACUUUCUGGCACAGAUAACUUAUUUUUUAAGGAUAUGCAUUGGUUUCAAUAAAUGUUUUUCAUGUUGCAAUACACUGAUAAUUAGAAUUUUUUAUUUUACUUGUUCAUUUUUGACACAUAAAUGGAUUGCCCCUUUAUUUUAUCUUCAAAUAACUGUGUUAAAGGUGUGGAUCACUUAAAAACAUUUUGAAUGAUUAAUUCGGUUUAUAAUUGAUCACUGAGUUUUUCAUGAAAGCAGAACAAGAAAAUUGUCUCCUACACCUAUCUCCUGCUUUAGCUUAUGAUAGAAAAUAGACGGUGAAACUCUAGGAUUUGAAAAUCCUGACAGAUCCACGUCAAACUGUUACUUAACAACUAUGGACUCACCCUUCUUGAUUCAAUGGGGAAGGCUGUUGUUUCUUUAGCAUCCAGUAAACAGCAGAGGAAGUCUCAGCUAGCAGAAGCUAACUGUUAGCAUUAGCAACUCCACCACACAGCAGAACUCUUCCAGGCUUGUGUUAUUUGUGGCGAUAAAACAUCACUGCUGCUAAACAGUCACUGGAAGAGAUGUCCAAAUAUCAGGAAAUAAGUCUCCAAAACGUGCCGUCUGAAGCUCAGCUGUGAUGUGAGCAACUUUUAGGUCUGAGAAAUGGUGUACCGGUAUUAAUUUCCCCCCGAGAACGAUUUACAAGGCGACCACUGCAAAUGCAUUGAUUAAACGAAUGAUUCACUUCUUUAAAUACUCCUGUUGUGCACAUAUUCCUACAAAAAGACAGAGAUGAUUUAUCUUGUAAAUAAUGUCAUGACUGAGUGGUAUGUGGUCACUCUGAAAGGAUCAGCCAUACUCUUUGAGCUUUCCGACUAUAUGUGCAGACGUAUGUGGUCUAAUUGGAUGAAAAAUGUCAUUGGGAUGAUUAAUGACCUCCUUUCACGAAAAAAAAAUCCCUAUACAUUUUGCUUAUUCUUAAAAUAUUUAAUUGCAUAAAUAAAAAUUUCCCUCUGGGAUUUUGAAAGCUUUGCAGCUGAGUACAGAAAAAGAAAACGUACCUGUUCUCGACAUUAAGGAUCGUGUUCAAACAAGAGUAUUUACUCUGGGAGAAGGUGCUAUAAAUGAACAGAGAGGAAGUGGAGCACAAAGACUAUUCAGACUAGAGGAAACGGAGACCUGAGUGUGAAAAAUGGAUUUUUAGGAGCUUCUGUUGCUGAAGAAUUAGAAACUAACUAAUUGGUUUAAACCUGCAGGUGUCUUCCAAACAUAACUGACAGCACUGCAGGCAAAGUUCUCUUUUUUAUGUAUUUUUUAGACAGUUCAGAUGUCCUGCAGCUAUAGGACUAAUUCUUAUCCCUCUGGUAAAUAUGGCUGUGGCUCUUUUUUUGCCUUUCCCUACAGCUCUGCUCAAAAUUAAGUUGUUUUGUUCCAUAUAGGAGACUUUAAAAAAGGAAAGAGGGGAGGGGAAGGGACAGAACUCCCGGAGAGGGACAGGCCUUAAGAUGGAGGUCUUCCUCUCAGGACGUGACUGGCUGUUGGCUGGAGGAUGCUCAGGAAGGCCUUGGCAGACCAACAAAGACAGCCCUUCAGCUGCAGGGUGUAGUUUUUCAGGCCCCAGCAUCCCCUUUGGCAGCAGCACAGAGAGCGCUGGCGUGCACAGGCCCCCGGCCCGAGAGACAGGGAAGUAAGGCCCGCUCUUUUAUUUACUCAGGCUGCUGCUGAGGCCUGGGCAUUUCUUGUCUGGGUGAAGAAGGGGAGAAAAACAAGUCUCUCUCUUUCUUUUUCCUCUUGUGGUCUCCUGAGGAAGGCUGUUCUUUCAUCUGCAGUUGUUCACACACUUGUUUCGGCUAUCGCUCCUCUCUGUGCACACAUGUGCAUGCCAUGUGUGCACGUUUUAGUAUUUUUACUUGUAUAUGAACAUUGUGUGCACUGACACGCUUUUGUGUGUAUUAAAAAGUCAGUGUAUGUCUACAUGUCUUUUGGGAGGGAGUGUCAAAUUUAAUUUAAUUUUAAGUACAUUUCAAGUUCAAGUUCGAAUUAGUAAACGUCAUAAAAUUAUAACACGUCAAAGCUCUUUUUUAUGUGAAAAAGGAUUUUCCUCCCAGAAGGUAAAAGUAAAUUCUCAAAUAUUUUAUAUAAUUGUUUUCAUUAUAAUUAUUUAUCAUACAACACUGCAAAAGAUUAAAAGCAAAUGUUUUUUUCACCCCGUAUGAGCAUGCAAUGCAACUCAAGCCCAGAUCAUAACCAGACCACCCCUGUGCUAAUCAGCUUUACUGAUUAGCUUUUUACAGAAUUUUCACCAAAUUUUGCCUUCUAAUUUAAUUUUUAAGGCCAGAUGGGAAAGAUUAUACUAUGCUUUUUCAUUGUGAAUUACUAAUAAAACAACAAAGAGUAAAUUUUCAUUCUGGGAAAAUGUUCCAAUAUUUUCCAGUUUGCAUAUCGGCUGUUUAAAGGAUUUGGGGAUACAAUAAAACAUUUUAGGUUAGGUUUUGAAUUUAAUUAUAAACUAGUUCAUUGCUGUGCAGAUUCACAUUUACCCAAUCUUUUUAAAAUUCUGUUUCCGUGCAUUUAAAUGAAACAGUUCACAGUUGAAGAACACUAUUCAAGCCUUUAAAAAAGUAUUUUUUCCACAGAAAACAGUGGCAGCCGGUGGCUAUUGUAACUGAGGAGGCGGACCGAACAACAUUCAUGAGUGUGAAGGUGCAUGUGCACACAUCCACACAGUUGUUUUAAGUCCAUUACUUAACAGGAUUCUAAUGAUUAAAGGCUCAAAGUGAUUGAUACAGAACCAAGCUCGCGACAGUUCUUUCCUAAUUCUGACCUUCAGACAAUACAUCAGCUGAGCUCAACUUCUUAGAUUAAAAUUGUCAAUAAAAGCUGAAAUUAGGCAACAAAUCCAAACAAAGGUCUUGCCUCUGGGUGAGAAAAUGAAGGGUUUCAGUUUUCAUGCAAAGAAGAAGAAUAAGAAAAACUCUUGUUUUUUUUUAUCAUAGUUUAACUCCUCAUCUAUCUGCUAAUUUAAGUAAGGCUUGCACCUCCCACAUGUCCCCCGUAGAUACAACUGUAUUUAUGUGUGUUAUUAGAGUAAGGCAGUAACUAAAUGAUAAACAUCAUGCAAAGAAAGAUCAAAAAUGAAAUGAGGUUGUCUUGACAGCUGAGUAAUAUCUCUAGGCAAGCUCUUCCUCAUUUAAGACAGCAGAGUUUCAUUUAGCCUUGUAUUCAGCCCCAUUUAUUUGUUUGUUUUAUACUAUUGUCUCCAAGCCAAUAUUUUUGACUGUAAGGCAUGAGCUGAGGUCAUUCUUCUUGCACUGUCUUCUUCUCGUGUACCCUGGGAGGCACUACGAGAUCGGGCAGAUCCGCCUCCUCUGUGGAGGAGGGCACUGCACCGAGUCACUCAUCCUCCCUCAAACCACAGAGAAAGAAAACAUUGAGACAUGGAUGAGAGAAAAAAGCAAGUAAAUAAGGCAAGGUUUGCUCCUUGAGUGAAAUGUGCGUGCAGAGUGGGCACUUUGCCAGGGGUGGGAGGUUUCCGGGAGGGCCACGGUGUGGAGGUGGGCUCUCAAUGUGCCGCUUUCAGCAGUUUGGAGGGGCAAGGGAAUGGCCUCCGACCCCAUCUGUUUCCUGAAGAUAGGCCCUGAUGGGUGUAAGUGCUCUGAGAGGGCAUGAUAUCCUGACAAAGGGCAGAGCUCACAGCAAGAGAGAGAGAGAGAGAGAGAGAGAGAGAGAGGGGGAGAGACUGGAUCCUGGAAAGAGCUCUUGUUUUCCUCUGUCCCUCACAAAUCUUUGCCGUUUCCUCUUGUUUUUCCCAUUCCAAGUUAUGGCCAUUAGACAGUUUCUUUUUUCCUGAAGGGGCUGGGAUUACGUUGUUAUUUGGGUAAGGAAGUUUGCAGCCCUUAGAGCUCGACAGCGGGAAGAAGUGGUGUGUAACCCUUUGAACCUGUGGAAAUUAGUGUUCUGUGUUUUCCAUUCAUAUCAGCGCACAAUGAACCAUUGGAUUGGAAUGUUGGCAAGCUAUUUACGUGGGUACACUUUAGAGUCAUUGUGAAAGAGAACAGAGACUGUUGCAUUAGCUGACUGGCUUAAGUCUCCACACCUGCUCGACCUUGAGUGAAAUAGUUAGCAACCCGGUUUCCCUUUCCCUGUCCUCUCCAUGAAGCUCAUAUCCUCACACCAGCCUCAUGACAUCCUCAUCAAUCCAGGAUCAGCUGUGAUACAACACAGCACCCAUGCAUUCAGACAAAUAUGGUAAUAUGGCAUGUGUUAUAAUCUGAUAUCUGCUGACUGAUGUUCUGAAAUGCACAUAUUUCAUGAAACUCAUCCCUUUUGCAGCAGCAAAUUCCCAAAAUGGGAGUCUAAGUUGCACAUUUAAUCUUCUCUUUGCUGUUUUUUUUUUCAAGUCUUUUGAAGGGGUUCUUUUUUUUUAAAAAAAUAUUCCAGUGAGUGUUCAGGAAUAAUAGAAAUGUUCUAAUUUACCUCAUGCAGGGCUUACAUCCUAAAGUACACCCAUUGUCUUGUGUUGGCUUCAAAUGCCAGAGAGAGUGUGUUUUGAGUCACAGUGGGCUAAGCCAUUACAUGGCCACAUACAAGGUUAAUUGUGGUAAAAGUAUUUCCACUUAUUCUCUCCUCUAAUUAUACUUUAAAUUGCAUAUUUAAAUUUAACUUUUCAGAUAACACCUAAGGAGAGCUAUUGUUUCCGCUGAAGCUGCUGAAGAAAAAAAACAUGAUGUACACUGAAAAGAAUUAAAAAUUCAUACUCCACAAGUUUAUAAUAACCAUGACAAAUAACACCACGGUGGUCCACCUUUGCUAUUCAAAUGAACGGCGCUGAUCUUGAGGAUGACCCUUCAUGUUCUUGGCCUGCAUCAUCUCCCUCCAGUAAAGACCAGACUUCUCCAGGACAUUGUGAAGACUAUGAAUUUGGAGAGGAGGAAGGAGGCCCUGGCCUGCCAUAUCCAUGCCAGUUCUGUGACAAGUCCUUCAGUCGCUUAAGCUUUCUCAAGCGUCACGAACAAAGUCACGGAGAUAAACUCCCUUUCAGCUGCACCUUUUGCAGCCGCCUGUUUAAGCACAAGCGCAGCCGAGAUCGGCACGUGAAGCUACAUACCGGUGAUAAGAAGUACCACUGUGGUGAGUGUGACUCUGCUUUCUCUCGCAGUGAUCACCUCAAAAUCCACAUGAAAACCCACGCCUCCAACAAACCCCACAAGUGCCCCGUGUGCCGUCGAGGCUUCCUUUCCUCUAGCUCGCUCCACGGCCACAUGCAAGUACAUGAGCGGGGAAAAGACGGCAGCAGCUCAAGCUUUUCUAGAGCCGAGGAAUGGAAGCUGAAAGAAACCCGGAAAUGCAGUCGAUGCGAGGAAGGCUUUGACGUUCCGGAGGAGCUCCAGCGGCACAUCGCAGAGUGUCACCCUGAGUGCUCUCCGUUAGAAGAUGGAGGUCUGGGUGCCACCUUGCAGUGCAUCUACUGCCAUGAGCCCUUUAGUGAUGAGGGCACUCUGCUGACCCACAUUGACCAGGCCCAUAGUAGAGAUAGAAAGGGUCACACCUGUGCUAUCUGCUCUGAGCACUUUCUCUCUGUUGAGGACCUCUAUGCUCACAUGGAUAUCCACCAGCUCCCUGAAUCCAGUAACCAUAGUAACAGCCCCUCAAUGCUUACUGUGGGCUACACCUCAGUCUCUAGCACUACUCCUGACUCCAAUCUUUCUGUUGACAGUUCCACGAUGGUGGAAACGGCACCACCUGUGGCCAAGACAAGAGGGAGGAGAAAGAGAGCUGCUCAAAACGCAUCUGACUUAGGAGGGCGUUCCUCCAAACAACCCAAAGUCUCUUACAGUUGCAUGUACUGUAACAAACAAGUAUUCUCCAGCUUGGCUGUACUUCAUAUCCACCUAAGAACCAUGCAUCUGGACAAGCCAGAGCAAGCUCACACUUGCCAGUUUUGCUUAGAGGUUUUGCCCUCUUUACUAAAUUUAAACGAACAUCUUAAACAGGUCCACAAUGCAGAAGACCAUGCAGCCCUAUUAGCCAGCCUGCCGGAUGCCCUCCUUCAGUGUAAUUUUUGCCCUGAGGUAUUAAGUGACUUAAAUGCCCUCCAGGAACACAUCCGCUGUUCCCAUGGAUUCCCCAGUCCUGUUGCAAAGGAGAGCAAUGCCUUCUUCUGCCCCCAGUGCUUUAUGGGGUUCCUGACAGAGGCUACCUUGGAGGAGCAUGUUCGUCAAACCCACUGUGAUGGAGGAAGCUUGCGCUUUGACUCCCCUUUGGCUGUGACUCCCAAGGAACCCAUAGUAGAGGUUUACUCUUGUUCAUAUUGCACCAACUCACCCAUCUUCAACAGUGUUUUGAAGCUAAACAAGCACAUUAAGGAGAAUCACAAGAACAUUCCUCUGGCUCUGAACUACAUCAACAAUGGAAAGAAAUCCCUGCGCACUCUGAGCCCUUCUUCACCAAUAUCUGUGGAACAAACCUCCAUACUGAAACAAGGCAACUCAGCCUCACGAGCCACCAGUGAGUUCAUAUGCAAUCAGUGUGGAGCCAAGUACACAAGCUUAGACCUUUUCCAGACUCAUCUCAAAACUCAUCUGGACGGUCUACAACCCCAGCUCACAUGUCCGCAGUGCAACAAAGAGUUUCCCAACCAAGAGUCUCUACUGAAGCAUGUGACAAUUCACUUCACCAUUACCUCCACGUAUUACAUAUGUGAGAGCUGUGACAAGCAGUUCACUUCGGUGGAUGAUCUGCAGAAGCACCUUCUUGACAUGCAUACUUUUGUGUUCUUUCGCUGCACACUUUGCCAGGAGGUGUUUGACUCUAAAGUAUCUACCCAACUCCACCUGGCUGUGAAGCACAGCAAUGAGAAAAAGGUGUAUCGUUGCACAUCUUGCAACUGGGACUUCAGACAUGAGACUGAUCUACAGCUUCAUGUCAAACACAGCCAUCUGGAGAAUCAAGGCCGUGCCCACCGCUGCAUUUUUUGCGGGGAGUCCUUUGGCACAGAGGUGGAGCUGCAGUGCCACAUCACUACUCACAGCAAGAAAUACAACUGUCGCUUCUGCAGUAAGGCCUUCCAUGCUAUUGUUCUCCUGGAGAAGCAUUUAAGGGAGAAACAUUGUGUGUUUGAGGGAAAGGCCCAAAACUGUGGCACUAAUGGAUCUACUUUAAGUGGUGGAGAAGGCCAACCCAAAGAGGACACUGAAAUACAAAAUAUUUUGACUAACAGUCAUGGUCCAGGAGCAGGAGGAGCAUCUGCUGUAGAAACCCAGAACAGUCAUGAUGGAAGUGAGGAAGAAGUAGACACUGCAGAGCCCAUGUAUGGAUGUGAAAUAUGUGGGGCAUCUUACACUAUGGAGUCACUCCUAACUAACCACCAGUUAAGAGAUCACAACAUCCGCCCUGGUGAAAGUGCAAUGAUCAAAAGGAAAGCUGAAAUGAUCAAGGGCAACCACAAGUGCAAUGUCUGUUCCCGUACCUUCUUCUCUGAGGCUGGGCUGAGAGAACAUAUGCAGACCCACCUUGGGCCUGUUAAACACUACAUGUGCCCCAUCUGCGGGGAACGCUUCCCAUCUUUGCUCACCUUGACAGAGCAUAAGGUCACCCAUAGCAAGAGUCUGGACACAGGCAGCUGCCGUAUCUGUAAGAUGCCACUGCAGAGUGAAGAGGACUUCCUGGAGCACUGCCAGAUGCACCCUGACCUGAGGAACUCUCUGACAGGUUUCCGGUGUGUGGUGUGCAUGCAGACAGUGACCUCCACAUUGGAGCUCAAGAUCCACGGUACUUUCCACAUGCAGAAGACAGGAACCAUGUCUUCUAGUCAGCCGUUGGCCCGCAACAAUGUCAUUUCUCAAAACCAGCAAUCGCAUCAUGUCCAAAAAUUUUUCAAGUGUGCCUCAUGCUUAAAAGAUUUUCGGUCCAAACAAGACUUUGUUAAGAUGGAUAUCAAUGGACUACCCUACGGUCUGUGUGCGUCUUGCGUGACUGCCGCUGGCUCUAAGAGCUCAAGCCCGACAGUUAAUGGAGGGAGGCAGCAACAUCAGGGUGGAGCCACCACUCCAGCAUCAAGUGCUGUUGCAUGGGUACAAGGAGAGAGUCUCAGCCCUGGAGAUGGAAAAGGCAAAGGUGUCUCUUCAUCAUCCUCUUCUUCUUCAACCUCUUCAUCAUCAGCUGUCAAGACACGCUGUUCCAGUUGCAAUGUGAAGUUUGAGUCUGAGGCAGAGUUGCAAAACCAUGUCCAGACGGUGCAUCGGGAACAAGCCGGGGAGAGCAACAGUGGGCAGCUCAAGACUCCUCAGGUGUCUCCAAUGCCUAGAGCAAGUCCCUCACAAACUGAAGAGAAGAAGACUUACCAGUGCAUCAAGUGCCAGAUGGUGUUCUACAGCGAAUGGGACAUCCAAGUACAUGUGGCUAACCACAUGCUAGGCUCACAAGUAUCUGGAUCACAUCACCAAAUAGAGGAAGGACUGAACCAUGAAUGCAAGCUCUGUAGCCAGUCGUUCGACUCACCAGCAAAGCUCCAAUGCCACCUGAUUGAGCACAGCUUCGAGGGCAUGGGGGGAACCUUCAAGUGUCCCGUCUGCUUCACAGUGUUCGUCCAGGCCAACAAGCUCCAGCAGCACAUUUUCUCCGCCCACGGACAGGAGGAUAAAAUCUACGAUUGCUCACAGUGCCCACAGAAGUUCUUCUUCCAAACAGAGUUACAGAACCACACUUUGACUCAGCACAGCAGCUAACGUGGUUAGAGCUCAGCGCCUCGGCCGAGAACGAGGAUCACACAGAAUAAUGCCUGACCGCCAAUUAUUGUUGGCGCAGCUUUCCCAGACUGUCUUGUGCUGAACGUUUUGAUUCAGCGACACUACGAGAAACCAUUCUACACAAAGAAAAAAAAGAGUUAAAGAAAGACAGAGGAACAAACCUACACCAGCCCCGUUUGUUCUUUACCAACCAUUAUGUCAAACACAACUCGUUUGUACAUAGACUUCUUUAUGUGUUGCUUAACUACAGGUAUAUUGCAAUCUUAUACAGUAUUUGCCAAUGUACAGUUCAAAAUGUUUGUCCAAAUGAGAGUAAAGGGGAAAAAAUAUUGAAUUUGUCAAACAAAAGGGGGUUUUAACCCGUUGUGUGAAGAAGAAACGGGGUGCCACUGAGAGUGUAGAAAUCCGUGGGAGCUGGCGAGAGUUGUCAGAGGACUCUUUUUAUCAGUGGCACUCCUGCUGCGAAGUAAGUCGCUCUGUAUCCAGACGUGGUCAAUCAUUAUGGUUCAGAGAAGCUUGAUUCACCAGCAUUGGCAGAAAUCUUGCCUGUGUGUCUAUCGUGCAGUGAGACGGCUGCCAGAGGACCGGCUGGGAACGAUGGCGCAACAAAUCUGCACUGCCUGUGCUGGAGUUUGUGUGAAUGUUGUAAAAUGUUAUAAAAAAACAUGUAAAGGAGAGGGGAAAAAAGUGGGAUAGGGGACAGGAUGCUGAUAUAUGCAAAUGCAGUGACACAGAUUUGGAAAGGCUAGCUCCUCUGGUUGGCUCGUGAACACAGGCGUGACGCUCCCAUGUGGCUCCUAGAGCACGGGGAACUCUCCGGCCCACAGAUCCAACCUGUACAUUUCUGUUAUUAAUGUUUACUGCUUGUUGAAGCCAGACGAUUACUGGAAUUUAAUUUUUUAUUUUUAUUUCCUGCUCUGUUAGCUCUGUAUUUUCUUUUUCCACAACGACGGGGCAGCAAACAUGUGAAUUUGGGGCACGAAGGCUGAACAGUCUUGUCUCGGGGAUGCAUCGUAGUUCCAAAACUCAGUCCCUGGCUCUCCUGGAGAGUGCCCAUCAUGUUGAUCCUCUUUUCUUUUGCAGCAGCUGGAAGCCACUGUGGCACCAUAUAUAGAUAAUAAAAAAAUAAAAAUAAAAACUCUAUUCCAUUCUGUUAUGUAUAAAUGUUUUGCAUUCAUUGAACCUGAGAUGCACUUUUGUAUGAAACUUUUAAUGUUUUGACAUUUUGAUUGAGAAUUGUUCGUACACACCGUUUACAGGAAAUCACCAUCUCCUGCAGCAAAACGAAAGUUAUCUCCAAUCUUAUUCAAAUGUAUUGUACAAAUAUAGAGUUCUUUACUUGGCAGACCUCGGUUUUUUGUGUUGCACAUGUGAUGGAAAUAUUAAAAACUGUAUGAAGAA